AUUUCAAAUGAUGAAGCCAGGAACGGGAAUUCAAAUCUGUUUGUUGGGGUUGGUUCUAACCCUGGCAGCUUGUGAGGCACAAAUGGUCGAGUUGCCGCCUUUGAUCGCCCCUUUCACGAAUAUGGAGGGGAACUGGCACAGUUUAGUGGACGGGGUGCGGUUCUCCUUGGAAUGUAUGGCUAAAGGUGAGCCAAAACCGGACCUCCAGUGGUUUAAGGACGACGAGCCCUAUGAGCCCGUGGAUGGAGUAGUCAUUGAUGAGGCUGUUUUGGACUUCUCCGAUCCAAGGGCAGACCUUCAUGAGGGUCGGUACUAUUGUAAGGCCAGUAAUAAGCUGGGCAGUGCCAAGUCAGAGGUGGUUUUGGUGUCGACCAAUCGCCCCAAGAGUCCUGAAUGGGCCAUUGCACCCAACUUCACGGUCAAACCCGAGGUCGAGAUCAAAGAGGUGGACUCUUUCGUGGAGUUCAAGUGCAAUGCCGUGGGCUCGCCCAAACCGGAAAUCAUCUGGACCAAGAACGCCGAAGUGUUACCGGAUUUCACCGACAAGACCGUGCUCACCAUUGAUCGAGUGUCCAAAGAAGACAUCGGCACCUACGCUUGCAAUGUCUCCAACUUGGCCGGCUACGACUACAAGAUGGUGUACUUGAAUAUCUUGACCCAAUCACCGAUAUUCCUUGAAAGUCCUCGAAACCGAACCGUGUCCAUCAACCAAGAGGUCUUUCUUCGGUGCAGUGCCAAGGGUUAUCCCAUUCCUUCUUUGGAGUGGAGGUUCAACGGGAAUCCCAUUGAUGUUGAGGCCGAUCCCGAGCUGGAACAGAAUGACCGCGGGGAUUUAGUGAUCAAACGGGUUCAGAACGAGACAGCCGGCUUUUACGAAUGUCUGGCCAAGAACGUUCAUGGGGAAGUCAAGCAGACGGGCUACUUAAAAGUAGUUUCCAAGACCACCAUCGAGCGUGGACCCGUGGACAUGACCGCCGAGAUCCGGUCCCCAGUGACAAUGGAGUGUUUGGUUGUAUGGGAUCCGAGCUUUGAACUAUCCAUACUGUGGAAGAAGGAUAAUGUGGAUGUGAAAAUGGGCGGACGAUUCAGUCAAGGUUCAGAUAACUCUUUGGUUAUUGAGGAUCUCGCCUUCGACGACGCAGGGACCUACACCUGUGUGGCCUCCACAAGUCAAGGCAGUUCCACCGAUAGUGGAACCUUGACCGUCAUUGGCAUCCAACCCUCGUUGAUAUCCGGACCCUUGCCGCAAACCGUAACCGAAGGAUCCACCAUUCUCAUCAAUUGCUCCGUCGAUGGGUUCCCCAAACCAGAGCAUUCUUGGUUCAAUGAUACCGACCGGAUCUAUUUCGAUCACCGAAAACCGGAUCGAGUCUCCAUGAAUGAAGACGGGGGUUUGGUCAUCGAAGACGGUCAACUCACGGAUUCGAACAAGUAUAUCUGCCGAGCCAACAACGGGUACGGCAAUCCCGUGGUGGAAUCGGCCUUCAUUGAUGUUCGCUUGGCCACGAAGGUCAUCAAAGGCCCCGAGCAUCAAAAGUUUGUCAUGGGUCAGAACUAUUCGUUUGAUUGUUUAGUGGAGGUGGAUGACAAUCUUAAAGACGAUCUUAAUGUGACGUGGAUGAAGAAUGAACAGCCCGUUGACGUCAGUCAUGAACGAUAUGAUAUGUUUGAUAACAAUACCUUGAAUAUUGUGGAUACCAAUGAGGAAGACAUUGGCGAAUAUCAAUGUCAUGUGGUCACUCUGGUGGACCAGGUUCUCAUUUCUGCCACCAUCUAUGAUGAUCAGGCCUCUUGGUGGUGGCUCAUCAUCCUGAUCAUCCUCUUGUGUAUCAUCCUGAUCGUGGUUUGUUGUCUCAUCUGUUGUGUGCGAAAGCGCUCCAAGAACAAAGGCCGUUAUGGGGUCAAGGACAUCGAAGAUGGAAAGGCCAAACACAACAAGUCGGACAUCCACUACUCCAUUAAUGACGACACGGACUCUAUCCACAACGAUCUCCUGGAUGACAAUGAGAAAAAGAAGCCCAUCUUCACACCCAGCACAAAGCCCCUUCUCAACGAUCUCAAAGGCUCGGAGAAUAGUCUGCUCAAUCUCACCGAUGAGGAACUGUGGCUCCGAAAAGGCAUGGAUGAGGACGGCAGUUUCCGUGAAGGUCGCUAUGCAGACUAACUUACUAACCAGUUAGUUCACAGAAAUGCCUCGGAAAAAUUCCUCACCCUCCUCCAGUCACUCAACCUCUCAAAGAGAGUCAGCUAGCUACCUACCUACAUACACCAUUAUUAUGAACCAUCAUAAAAGAUCAAUCAUCGUCGCUUUAAAUACUAAAACAAGGAAGUAGAGCCAUUUGCAAACCAAACCAAGAGUCAAGCUACGUAGUAUUGCUCCCAUGCAUUUCAUUCAAAGCAGCAGCAACAGGAUCGAAUCUCUUCGCCAGGUCCAACCACGAAUCUUUCAAGGCUCAAAAAUUGUCCUUCGAAUCUCGCGAUUUUUGUUACUAUUAUCUAUUGUGUCUCAUCUCCCACCACCAAGUAUGCAAUAAAGCCAUCUCUCGCCCCACCCCAUCCUUCUGUCCCGCCCCACGCCACCCCCUUUCAAUCCAGGUUAAGUUCCCAUUUCUAGCUUAUAAAAUGCUUUGAUUUAAAACCCACUUUCCUGAAUAAGGCUGUGAUUUGCAAUGAUCAUUGAAAGUCGACCAGCUCCUUCAAUUUUCUGAACAAAUGCGAUUUGCACCGUAAAAAAUAUGUUGAAUUGCCAUGAGUGAGAUAUGAAUGAGUCUCUGCUUGGCAGGAUGAGUAAAAUUGAAAUACAUUUGUUAUCAAGAAUUAUCCA